AUGGACUCGUCUACCAAUAGCCGUCAGGAAUAUCCCCAGAAAAAGGCAGCAACACCUCAGAAAAGUGCGACAACACCUCAGAAAAAGGUGGCAAUUCCACCGAAAAAGUCAGUAACUCCCCAGAAACAGGCAGUGAACAGUAAUGUUCCGACGGAUAAACGCAGCUCACUACGCAUGAACAAAACGUGGCGACCUGAAUCGGAAUCUUCCAAGCAAGAUGAGCGUCCUUUGACCAAUGGCUACGUCUCCGGCCCCCGCAAAGCGCCGCUCCCGGAGUCACUCGAGCCGCCAAAGUUCUUGGGAGUCCAGUCACAGCCACCGCGUGCCAACCCUCGCCAGCCAGCUCCAGUCAACCCCUUCAUUCAUGAAAAUGUGCGACAAGGUCCAACCGGCGGACCUGGUUCCCUAAACUUGAACUUGGUAGAGACGCGUACGGUCAACCUUAUAACCCGGAUCCUAAAGUCUUGGCCUCAACUUAUGGCUAUGCAUCAUACUUCCCACCUGCCGCCAAUGAUACACCCAGUGCAGCUAAUGUGCGGGAUCCCAAAGCCGCUUGAAAGAUGUUAUAGAUUGGUCAAUAUGUGGGCAGACCGAACCGAAACUAGUACUGGAUUUGUUUAUGACGCCAUUUUGUUAGAGAUCCAGAAAUUAAUCGGCGAGUGUCACACCUAUAAUGAGUUGGAUCUGCUUCCAGCUGUUCAAUCGCUGCUUAUCCUCAUGAUCGUCUUAUUCUUUUGCUUUUCGGGACCACCCACUACCUCAGAGCUCAGCAUCCAGGCCCAAAUUCUGGGCCAGGUCUGGAACGUCAAAAGCCAGCUGGCCAGCUCGGAUCUCUUUGUGCCUUUGGAACCGAUGGACCCGAUGCCCAAGUGGAAGGAGUGGGCAGUCAAAUCGGCCAAGCAACGCACUCUGCUGGGUUUACAUCACGUAGAGUGGGUUUGGUCGCUUCGGCACGGCCACGCAAUUCUAACCGGCUUCGAACUUGGCCCCAUCCCAGCUCCUGCGCCAAGUCACCUCUGGCGUGAAACCAAUGAGCAGACCUGGAAGCGGGAGUACAAGAUUUGGCUGGCCACUUGGGAGAGACAACCUUACAGCAUGGCCGAGUUGUUGAGUGUCAGAGCCGAUGGUGUUUUAGGUACCAGGGCCGAGAUGUGGCUCGCCGAGGCCGACGAGUUUGGUACCAUGCUACUGCCAGAAAUCAACGCAAUUCAAUAG